AUGGAUACAUCUCCCCUCCCCACUGCCUCCGGCACCACUACAAUUAACUCCCCCUCCGACCUGUCUUACUCUUCCGAAGUCUCCCAAACUUCCACUCGAAACACCUCUCCUGCCUCUACUACCCAUGGUUCGGAAUCUCCUGGUGCUUCAUCCCUUCUAGAUCUCAAUUUAAACCUCAAUAUAGAGCAAAACCCUAGCACCCUUCUCGAUCGUCGACCCAACAUGGAUCGAAACCCAUUCCAAUCAGUCAACGAUCGUAGAACCAAACUCUCCACAGAUAAGCCCCAUAUACACCAAACUCAACAACAGCACCAACAACAACAGCACCAGCAGAACCAGCAGAAUCUUCAGUUGCAAACGCUAAGAUCAAGUAUGCAACAACUGAAUCUUUCUUCUCGAGGCCUUGCCUCCUCCAACUGGAGAGAGCAGGUAGCAGCAGACGAAGCAGCGGUGCUUCCGAGUCGGGCCAGUGGCGACUUUACACCUUUUGACUCUCCCAUCAGCCAUCAUAUGUCAAGCACCACCACCAGAGUCCGACACCCUCAAUCAAUCUUCGCAAGUCCCCGCAUGGAGCAGUUCCCGCAACCAUCUGGAAUGGCAUCUUACCAGACACCUGGGACCUUUUCCGACAUGCAGCUGGAUGCCAGCUACGCGUACUGCUACGACCGUGGCAAUGGCCAGUACACGCGCCUCAUUCCAGCUGACAUGUUGCCGCCUCUGAAGGAUGUCCCUGCCCUACAGCAGAGCUGCUCCGGAAUGAUGGUCCUGCCGCAGCCGCGGGCGUUGCCUCCAAACGGUCGAUCCAGCAACACCGAGCCCGUCGCUCUUCGCAGCCCUCCCAACACCCCCUCCUCUCCUUCGGACAACAUCCAGUCCCGAAUCGACACCAUCGUCGCCUCGACGCCCCCCACGCCGCCAUCGCAGCAGCAACAACAACACCAACACCACCACGCCUCCCCCCUCGCAUCCGGCGUCGUCGGCCUAGGCCCAGGCUCGACCCCAACGCCCGCCCCCAGCACCACAGGCGCGGGAGCAACCACGACCGCACUUGUCGUCGCGGGCCAACACCACGGAGCAGGUAACCACCACCAUCACCACCACCACCCCCAGCGCCGCCCAAAGGUCUACUGCGACAAGUGGGUGCACGAGGGCGUCUGCGCCUUCACCCAGCAAGGGUGCAAGUACAAGCACGAGAUGCCGUUCGACAAGGUCACGCAGCACCAGCUGGGGCUGUUCCACGGGUUCCCGGCGUGGUGGAAGAAGCACCAGGCGGAUCUGUCGCGGCAGCGGGAUGUGGGCGGGGGAGGGGGAGGGGAGGAGACGGCGAGGUUGAGCGGGGGGGAGAGGUUUGUUGUUGGACGUGGUGGCGGCCAUGGCGCGGGAGGAAGUGCCAAUGGUGGAGGUCUGGGAGGUGGGAAUGGUGGUGAGGUGGGCUUGAUCACGGGCCCAGGCCCUAGCCCUGGAGGUGGCAACGGCGGCAUUACACAGGGCCUCGCGAACUGGCGGCGCAGCGCGGAACAGCACCACCACGUGACGGAGCAGAAGGUUCUUGGAUCGGGCCGGGGCAUCGUUCGCGGUGGUGUCGGUGGUGGCUUGCGAAACCCGCUAGUUUCCUACGGAUCCCCCUUCGGCCCCAUCGGUCCCCCCAGCCGCGCCUCACCCAUGACGAUUAACACUACUGCUGUUCCCGGAUCCCCCGGUAUCAGGAUGGAGGACCCCCCCUCCUCCGCCUCCGCCUCCUCGGGCCAGACCCAGUUCCAGCAGAUGAGCGGCAGCAGCAGCAGCAGUGCGAGUGCGAGUUCGGCGAAGACUGGAGGUGGGUUUAUGACUGCUACGAACCCGUAUUCUUCGCUCGAGUCGUUGGAGGAGGGUGCGGGUGCUGGUAAUGGCGGUGCUGGAGAAGAGCGCUCGACGCCUAGUGUGGAGGGGAAGGGGGCGCCCAUUCUCAUUUUCACUGAUAACGCGUGCAUACACAACGGCCAAGCAUAUGCUAAAGGCGCCUGGGCGUUCGCUCAUGGGCCGGGACUCGAUGGCCACCCGGCCGUCGUGGCCGGUCGGCUAGAGACGAAGGGGCCUUUUGGCGACGAAGUAUCCUAG